GUUGUACUUGUCUAAAAUCACAGGUGUGAUGAAAGAGUUUUAUAUUUUGAACUCAGCUCAACUUUCCCUACACGUUGUCGCUUUAGUCUACUAGUAGGGCGUAUGCUGUCACAUUACCACAGAGGGAUCGCGUCUCCACCCUGCUAUAUCCUCAGGCAUCAGUUGCGGACCCGCCCGCGCGGGAUGUACAUCAAGCCGGGCAUGGUGGACCCGGAGAAAGCGAUUGGUCCGCUGCGACACCGACCCUUGAACGCCUGACCGUUGGAGCUUAAUCGCAGCCUCAACGAAAUUCACAUGCGCUGAUAGCAAGACCGCUGUCGCCGUGCGCUCGAAUCCUGGACAAAAUCCUGGCGUCAGACGUAGGUCACUGAUAAAGCCAAGAUUGUUGAUUAUGAGCCCCAUUAGGCAGGGGAUCCCAAUGAGAGGUUCAGGUAAAGCUGAAAACCUCCUCUCACAAGCCAUACACGAGUCCUCUACAUUCGAACCUACCCCGGACCAGCCAGACACCAUGUUCUGUCGGGAUCUCUACCUCAGCUCCGUGAGCUAUCUCUUGCGCGGUCUCCCGUCAGACCUGACAGCCUCGGAAGCGCUGGUACUACAAAGCUCUCUGCCCAAAUCAAUCGCCGCACAAGAAACAGGCAACAUGGCUGCCAAGCAUUGCAAUGCUCAUACGAACGAGACGAACGGUCUUGACGAGCCCUCGAUUGUUCAUCGCACGCUGGCCUAUUUAGUCCUCCAGGUCUUCGUUGUCUGCCACUUCUGCCUACCGUAUCUAAGGAUACUGCUGCGUGAGGCGUACGCGUACGAGCGGCGGCACCACAUAUCCGAGCGAGCACUUGCGACGAGUCUAAACACGUUCGAUGAGGUCGGGAAAAGUACAGUUGGGUUACUGGAGAGGGUGUAUGCGAUUGACGAGGGGCGCUUUGGACGAUCUGUAAACGAGACAGUGGUGUGGUGGGUUAGAGAGGUGAGCGGGGGACUGAAACAGGGCUUGAAAGAGGGUGUGCUGGCGAUGCGGGACGGUGGUGUAGAUGUAGCGAUGUGACUGCGUUUUUUUAGGCUCUUAGACUAUAGCGUCGUAAUGACUGAUGAUUUCACGACAUCCACGGAUUGCAAUGCAUAUCGUCCCAAUCGAGAUUAGUG